CUUUACCUUUAAGACUCAGACUCUCGGGAGGUUAGGGACUUCAGAAGCCCAAAGAGACGCUUUUGGAAGGGAGCCUUGUCUUCUGCUGUUGUCUAAUGGAAAGAGGUUGUUCCAAAGCAUUUUAAAGUCAUGUACAGGAUGUGACCCUUACAGUGUGAAGUUGGACCUGGAGGUGUUAAUACAACUUGUAAGGGAAGGCGAGAGAGAGAACCAUUUAUCGAGGGGAGCCUUUGUACUUUACAGCUUUGGUCAUUAAUCCAGAUCAGUCGCGCAAGGCACCACAAGACAACGGUCUAAGGAUCUGAACAACUUUGCAUUGGCUCAUUGACCAAGUGAGAUAGAUACAGUGCAUAGAAUGGAUUCCAGGAAUGAUUCUUUGGACAUUGACGAGCCCGAUUUCCUGGAUUACUCGGACUGGUACAUUGACGAUCGUUUGGAUCCCACCACCCCUCCUGCUGACGUAACGAUCUGUGAUCCCACUAUCCCAGUUGAGUUGUACCAUGUGUGUGCGGCGGGGGUAUCUCUUGCGGUGCUGGUCUUCUUGUCCUUCUUUGUAAAACGGAGACGGCUGUGCAGGACUUGCUGCGGUGGAGCGCCUGGUCUGUUGCACCCCGUUGGCUUCCUCGAGCAUGACUACCACAGAGGAAUCGCUGCUGCUGUGUUUGGAGUGCUGUUUUGUUCCUUGUGUGUGGUUGUCCUUGAUGACAAUCCUUUGCCCUUUGCAGAAUCUUCAAAGGGUACCAAAGAAUACUGGAAGAUUAUUGCCUUGCUUUAUUAUCCAGCCCUAUACUAUCCACUACUUGUGUGUGCGACAGUCAAGAACAAAUUGGGUUACUUUCUCGGCAGCGUCCUAUCCUGGCUACACUUUAGCAUUCUCCUUUGUCAGAAAGUUCAAUGUCCUUUAUCAUCCAAGUUGCAUGAAUACUACUCCCUGCUGAGAAGUCUGCCCCAGCUGAUAUGCCUGGCAUUUCUAAGUCUCAUUUAUUCUUUGUUGCUGCUGAGAAAUGGCAGGACUUCACAAAAUCUGCCCUUGCAUCAGUGUCCAGUUGAUAAAUAUUACACUGAUUACUUAAAGAUUUUGCUGAGGAAGAGGCCAUGCAAAAACAGUGUCAGUACAGAUCGACCAAGCCUCUGGAUCAGGAUGGAGAUGUUGAUACGAUCAUACGUCUAUUUACCGAUAGAAGGGUUCCGAAUUCCAACAAAACUGGUUGUAUCAAUGACAGUGGCUGUCAUUUCUGUCUAUCAGUUUGCCCUUCUGCUUGUAUUGUACCUCGUCCCUGUUCUACAGAGGAUGCGAGCUGGAGUCCAGGAACAUGUAUCCUACACACUUGAAGGUUUUGGCAUCAAUCUCUCAGAAGAUAGGAGUGAAGUUCUGAGCAUCGUUAAAUAUUACAUUUGGGUUGUGGAAGUGUGCUACGUGUCAGCAGUGGCUGUAUCCUGUUUCCUUACCCUCUCUACAUUAAUGAGGUCAAUGGUUUUGCACAGGGACAACCUGCAGGCUCUUUUCAGAGGAGACACACAAAAAGUCUUCAAUCGUAACAGGUCUGUCAGACUCUCCCGCUCUGCCAUUGUCUGUUGGAUGAGCUUCACCAGUUACCAGGCUGCAUUCAUCUGUUUGGGCCUCCUCAUUCAGCAAGUGGUAUUCUUCAGCUGCUUCCUACUGUUUGCCUUUCUUAUUGUCGUUCCCAUUCUGUAUGGACAAAACCUGCUCAUCUUCAGGAUCCUUGAGAACAUGUGGCCCUUCUGGUUAACAUUAAUCCUUGUCGUGUUGAUUCAACACAUACUGGCUCGACUCCUGUUUCUUCAGAAGGAUGGGAAACAAUUUAUCCUCACCAACAGACGAAGCCUGUAUAUCUUCACUUACCUGCUUUUCACUUUCAAUGUUCUGAUUGGGGUCAUUGCCGGUGUGUGGAGAGUCGUCUUCACAGCUCUAUACAACAUUGUCCAUUUUUGCCGACUGGACCUUGGCCUUAUAAAUCGUGGGGCGGAGUUUUUUGACCCAGGCUAUCACUGCUACUCCAACUUCCUGGAAGUGGAAGCCAGUCAGUCUCAUCGAGUGAUGAAAGCUUUUUGCUUCCUCCUACUUGAAUGCCAAAGUUCUGGGAGAAAUUGCAGUGAUAAAAGCAAAUCUGUGGAAGAAGGGAUUCGGUUGGUGCCUGAUCAGAAGCAGACAAAAUUGACAAAGUCUAAACAAGUUCUGGCAAGAUGGUGCCUGAUCUACACGCUCCUGAACAAUCCUUCAUUGGUCCGCUGCAGGAGGCCUGCAGUUUGCUCUCCCACUGACGUAGUUACCAAUGGGGAAAUGAAGAGUUCUUCCAAGCCCAGCACAGAGGAUCUUGUUAAAUCUGAACUUUGUGAAAAAAUACAAGGGCCUGUAUAAAUCAGAGUUCCCUGUUGAUGCAACUAAUUACAAGCAGGAGGUCAGUCACAUUUCUACACAGCUAAAUAAAAAUGUGCAUAAUUGCAUACAUCGCACCUACACACAUCACAUCCUCUCGCAAUAAUUGGGCAAAUUUUCCCAUUUUCGGUUUUGCUAUGUCAACGAUCACAACGUAAUUACAGACUCUGGCCACUAGGUAGCUCUAUGGAGCAAGUUCCACGCACUCAAUUCCAUAUAACCUUCUAUUUUAAAAAAAAAACAUUUUUAAUUCAACAUCUAACCUACGUCAACACUAGGAUUAUUUUUAGUGGUCAUAUAUUACUAGGAUUACUUAUUUGCCUUUUCGUAGCUUUUGGACUUUAUUACUAAUGGUGAUGGGGGCUGGUUUGAAUUUUUACAAACAGUUAGUAUGAGAAUGAGUCACAAUGAAGUACUUACGCUAUGUAAUCGUGUACAGCCUUUCCUCCAAUGAGAUACAUCUCAAGACCCCAGAUGGUAAAUAUUUUAAAAUGAAAACUAUUCGGUGCUACAGUUUUAAUUUGGUACUAUACAAUGUCAGUAUUACUGAGGAAAAUACACAUUUUGUCAAAGCUUUUCACUUGACAGUUAUCAGGUAAUUUACAAGAAUACUAAUUCCAGAUGACGGCAAACCAGCAUUUCUACUGCAUAAGAGAAGAGUGCUGAUUGGUUGGUUAAUGAAUGAACUCUGAUUGGUAGAGGUGUUACCAUGGAGAAUGCACCAAUGAUGCUGAUUGACAGUUAACUGUCAGGCUUUGUUUAAAUUUUAAGUCAGGUGGGUUCACUUUGUUUGGUCAGGGCAUUUCUCUGAGAAAUAAACUAACACAUUGUUGUCAUCUGUUUUAUUAAGAUGUUGACAAAAUGUAUCUUUUCUUUCAGCAAUACACUGUUGUAAAAAUCUAGGGGAGAAGAAAAAAUGUUAAUUUAAUGUGCUGAAUUUUGAAAUUUUUUUUCAAAUGCUUCCUUUAAAUUUUAUACCCUGUGCCCACUAGCUUAAAAACUGUUAAAAUAACAUAUUAGUUUCUAAAUGCCAAAAAUUUUGGUACCAUAUUCCCAUGAAGAGUUUUCCUAAAUUUGUUUAAAAAAAAAAUUGAACUCUCUCUCUCCUGUAUGGUUUUUUUGUCAUUCACCUCUACUGGAUUUUUAAAGUAUUAUCACUGGUGGUCAUUGUUACUGCAGUGAAAUUACAGCUCAUUGCAGAGUAUCUUGCUGCGAAUAUUCAGUUUUUAUGCUGAGGGAAUUGGAAUUGGAGUUGGGAGAUCUUGUUGCUCGUCAUUAUGGACGCUGCCAAACAUACACGAGAAGCCAUCACAAAGUAAAGUAGGGGAUGAUCGUAGCCCCUUACCGGAUUGAAACUGAUAUACCAUGGUGCCAUUUGCCAUGGAGAUUUGGCAGAUAGUUAACAUUUAGCUGAGAGGUUGCAAUGACUCUCUGUAAAUGAUUCUCAACCUCCACUGUUUCAAUUUGAGAUAUUUAGAGAUCCUAGCUUUGUAGACAUAGAUUAUACAUCUUUGGGUCCUUUUGUAAGCUCUCCAAACCCUGCACACACAAGUGAAAAUUGUGGCCAACUGCAUAAUUUUCCUACAAGUUGCAAAGGUUUGCAGUACUAUUUAGAAGAGAGUCACACUAUAGAAGAUUUUCACCUUUUUACUUAUUAGAGCAGGCGCAUAUUAAAGAGUAUGGGAGGGCACUCUUGGAGGAGCAGCACCAGGCAUGCCCAUAAAUGAGCUGUUAACCUGAGCUACAAAACAGGACUACUUGUUGCCAAACUUGAAAGCAGUAUGCGCUAGACAGACCUGGGUGAUUCCACAAACAAUGCAUCAGAUUGGAACUCUGCAGCCCUGCCACAUCCAGCAGUGAAUGGUUGUGGACAAUUAAACAACCUGCUGGAAUAGAGGACCCCAUAAAUUCCUCCAACCUCAAUAAUGAGGGAGCCCAGCACAUCAUGGGGAAGUGAUGGCCUAGUGGUCUUAUCGCUGGAGUAUUAAUCCAGAGAACUUGGUAAUGUUCUGAGGACCCAAGAUCGAAUCUUGCCAUGGCAGAUGGUGGAAUUUCAAAUUCGAUGAGUAUCUGGAAUUAGGAGUCUAAUGAUAACUAUGAAACAAUUUGUUGAUUAUCAGUAAAGCCUAUCUGGUUCAUUAAUGUCCUUUAGGGAAGGAAACUGCCAUCCUUACCUGGUCUGGCCUACAUGUGACUCCAGACCCACAGCAACAUGGUUGACACUUAAUGUCCCUUGGGUAAUUAAGGAUAGGUGAUAAAGGUUCACCUGGCCAGUCAUGCCCACAUCCCAUGGAAGAAUAAUAAAUAUCAGUACACAAGUUAAGGCCAGUAUCUUCAGCCAGAAGUGUUGAUCUUCAUGAUCUUUCUUGGCCUCUUCUUAGUCCCCAGUGUCAUGGAUGCCAGUCUUCAGCCAAUUAGAUUCACUCUGUGUGAUAACCAGGCAAGGCAGUGGAUACUGUACAUGCACAUGCAUACAGUUUUAAGGACUUGUGCCCUCAAACUUGCCACACCCCUAGCCAAGUUGUUUGUAUAUAGCUACGACAAUGGCAUCUACCUGACAAUGUGGAAAAUUGCCCUGAUGUUUCCUAUGCACAGCAGGUCAAAUCAAAUCCAGCCGAUUACUGCCUCAUCAAUCUACUCUCAAUCAUCAGCAAAGUGUUGGAAACACUAUCAAGCAGCAUUUAGUCAACAGUAACCUGCUUAUUUGUUUGGGUUCCACCAUAGCUAUUCAGUUCUUGACCUCAUUAGUCAAAAUAUGGAAAACGAUCUGAACUCCAGAGAUGGGGUUACAGUGACUUCUGUUGACCUGAAGGCCUCAUUUGACAGAGUGCGACAUCAAGGAAGCCUAGCAAGACUAGAGCCAAUAGGAAUCAGUGGGAAAACUCUUUCUGCUAGUUGGAGUUGUAACUGGCAUAAAGGAAGAUGAUUGUGAUUGUUAGUUAUCUCAGUUCUGUGACAUUAAGGGAGUUCUUCAGAGUAGAUAUUCUUUGAAUCAACUUGUUCACAGAUGUUAAUACAUACCUCUGGAGCAGGUGGGACUUGAACCUGACCUUCUGGCUGAAAGGUAGGGACAUUACCACUGCACCACAAAAGCCCAGUUCUUCAGCCCAACCAUCUUGAGCUGCUGCUUCAAUGAUGUUCUAUCCAUCAUGAGGUCAGAGGUACAGAUACUUGCUGAUGAUUGCACAGUGUUCAAUACGGUGGCUCAGUGGUUAGCACUGCUGCCUCACAGGUCCAGGGACCCAGGUUCAAUUCCAGCCUUGGGCGACUGUCUGUGUGGAGUUUGCACAGUCUCCCUUUGUUUCAUGGGUUUCCUCCAGGUACUCUGGUUUCCUCCCGCAGUCCAAAGAUGUGCAGGUGAGGCGGAUUGCCUAUGCUAAAUUGCCCAUAGUGUCUAGGGUAGGAAAUGCAGGAAAAGGAUAAGGGGUGGAUCUGGGUGGAAUGCUGUUCGUGAGGAUCGGUGUGGACUCAAUGGGCUGAAUACCGUGCUUCCACACUGUAGGGAUUCGAUUCUAUGAACAUGAUUCAUUUCUCCUUGGAUAGUGAAGUAGUCCAUGUACAAAUGGAGCAAAAGCUGGGCAGUAUUAGGCUUGGGUUGAUAAAUGACCCGGUGCAUUAGUGCUGCACAAGUGCCAAGCAAUGACCAUCUCCAGUAAGAGAGUAUUCAGCCAUUGCCCCGCAACAUUCAAUGGCAUUACCAUGUCAGAAAUCUCCACUAUCAAUACGCUGGAGGUUAUCACUAGCUAGAAAUUGAACAGGACUAGUUUUUUUUAAAUACUAUGUCUACAAGAGCAGGCCAGAGGCCAGGAAUCUUGCAGGAGUAACUCACCUUCUGACUCCUGAAAUCUGUCCAUCAUCUACAAGGCGCAAGUCAGGACAGUAUUGGAACAGUGUCUACACACUACUCCAGAAGCUUGAUACAAUCCAGGACAAAACAGCUACUGGCACUCCAUCUAAUGGUGUUAUUGUUCCUUCCUUUUACCACUAAUGAUUAAAUUAGAAACUGAGAACAUUGAUCAGAUGGCAGUAUUGGUUUGGUGCUAAUCUCUGGUAAGUGUGGUAACGUUUUGAGUUGGACCUGCCUGUAAUCUGUUGAUUUAAAGUACUUGAAAUAUAAUGGGUGGGACAAUUUAGUUAUCUCUAGUCUUUCUUUAUGGCAGCCAUGCGACCUCCACUUUACAAUAACAUUUGUUUUUGACGAUGCCUGUUAAUUCAGCACAUUUCACUGAUUAGAGAAGGGUGGGAGGAUGCCUUUUGAAGAUUUGUAAAAUUAUGUUUCCUUUUCCAACAUAUCUGCCCUUACUCCUGCAGCUAAAAAAAACACUUGAAGUUCUUGCUAAAUUAGCAUUGGACUGUGGUGCGUUUUAAAUAUGUUUGCCCAUUUUGAUCCCAAUGUGCCAAAAUGACCAAAGGUGCCUUUAAUACAUAUACAUACACUGACUUAGAAUCACUUUACCUUGAGAAAUGAGUCCUUUUCUUUAAUGCGAUAUAGAUGUAUUUUACUGUGCUGCUGUUAUAUGCUCUUACUGUUUAUACAAUAAAUACAAUUAUUACACUGAA